CAUCAUUUCUUCCUUCCAUGUCACAGGAGGAAAAAAAAGCGGCAAGAAUCCAAAGCACACAUUCCCAUCACACCACACCAGUACACCGCUCCAUGUCCAUGGCAGGCGUGCACCGCUUCCCAUGCCCCGCCUCUCUCCUCCUUUCCCUGCAGUCGCAGCAGUCACAGCUGUGACCUGUCCAGUUCAGUCGCUUCAGCGUUCACAAGCGCGUUCUCUCCUCCUCUCUUUCCCCUCCCACCUCGCAAAGCUUGCUCACUUCUGUGUAAGGACAAUCCUCAGCAACCUCGUGGAGUCGUGGGGACUGGGGACGUCGUUGCCGUUCCCGGGCUCGGCAGCCGCCGCAAUGCUGGCGCAGGUGCUGCUCGUGCAUCUGCUCCUCCUCCUCCUCCUCGCCGCCACGUCCUCAGCCGACCACCACCGCCGCCAUUACUGGGGCAGAAGGGCGCUGCACGAGCCGCUGUUCCCUUUGGAGAGCACGCCCGCGCUGCCGCCGCCGCCGCCGCCCGCGCCGUUCUUCCCGUUCUUGCCAGGCGCCGCGGCGCCGCCGACGGUGACGCCGGAUGUCGGCUCCGCCUCCACCCCGGCGGACACCGCCGGCCCGGGUGACGCGUCGUCGUCCUCCUCGUCGUCGCCGCACCCCACGGCGCCGGCCAACAUCUCGUCCUUGGCCGCGCUGCCCGUCUCCUCCCACACCACGCCGCUCCGGUCCUUCCUCUCCUCCCACCGCCUCCUCACCGUCCUCGUCCUGGUCGUCGCCGUUGCUGCGGCCGUGCUCUCCGCCGCGCUCGUUUACAUCCUCGCCCGCCGCCAACGUCGUCACUCUCCCAAGGAGGAACCUGCGGUGUACACAAAGCCCUCCUCGCUUGCACCGGCCAACCCUGUGCUCUACGAUGGUGGCGACCAGCAUGGCCGGGGCUCGACGGCCACCGUCUCCAGCACCAGCUCGCCGGAGCUCAGGCCGAUGCCGCCUUUGCCCCGGCAGUUCCAGCAGACGCGGAUGAACUUUCCGUCAUGUUCAAAAUCCGUUCCUGACACCGGAACAGGAGGUAAGCGAGGAUCAGAGGGUGCUCCUCCUCCGCGGCCGCCGCCUCCUCCUCCACCGCCGCCUCCAAUGCCACCGGUGAAAGACAAGGGCGGCGCCACAGCAGCAGCAUCUGCUCCUCCGGCGCCGCCGCCACCUCUGCCCCGAGCCGGUAACGGCAGCGGCUGGUUGCCCCGGCGGCACUCCGAGCGCCAAGCGACCACGGUCAUCAGGGCCUCGGCGAGCGCAGUUCACCCAGAAGAGUCUCCAGGGCGCGCGCCGUCAGAGAAACAAACGGACUCGGACGCGGACGCGGCUGCUCUGCCGAAGCUGAAGCCGUUGCACUGGGAUAAGGUGCGCGCGAGCUCUGGCCGACCGACGGUGUGGGAUCAGCUGAAGGCGAGCUCUUUCCGAGUGAACGAAGAGAUGAUUGAGACAUUAUUCGUCUCAAAUUCGACAUGGAGAUCGUCCAAGAGUGGAACCAAGGGGCCAAAUUCCAGUUUGUGCAGCCAGGAGAACAAGGUCCUCGACCCGAAGAAAUCACAGAACAUUGCGAUAAUGCUAAGGGCGCUCAAUGCGACCAAGGAAGAAGUGUGCAAGGCACUCUUAGAUGGGCAGGCAGAGAGCCUUGGAACUGAGCUCUUGGAGAUGCUGCUGAAGAUGGCGCCUAGCAGGGAAGAGGAGAUCAAGUUGAAAGAAUACAGGGAGGAUGCUGUGUCUAAGCUUGGCCCUGCUGAGAGCUUCCUCAAGGCGGUGCUCGCGAUUCCAUUUGCUUUCAAGAGAGUGGAAGCGAUGCUGUACAUCACCAACUUUGAUUUAGAGGUUGACUACCUCAAGACCUCCUACAAAACUCUUGAGGCAGCAUGUGAAGAGCUUCAGGGCAGCAGGUUGUUCCACAAAAUAUUAGACGCAGUCCUGAAGACCGGUAACCGCAUGAACACUGGCACGAACCGUGGAAACGCCCAUGCCUUCAAGCUGGAUGCACUCCUCAAGUUAGUUGAUGUGAAGGGUGCCGAUGGCAAGACGACUCUCCUACACUUCGUCAUCGAAGAAAUCAUCAAGUCUGAAGGAGCUAACAUUUUAGCCACCGGCCAAACAUCUGACCAGGCGAGUGCCCUUGCAGAUGAGCUGCAAUGCAAGAAGGUAGGCCUGAAAAUUGUGGCAAGCCUUGGCGGUGAGCUCAACAGUGUCAAGAAGGCGGCAGCAAUGGACUCCGACGCGCUGGCCAGCUGCGUCUCCAAACUCUCCUCCGGCGUCAGCAAGAUCAGCGAGGUCCUGCACUUAAACCAGCAGCUUCUCGGUUCUGAUGACAGCUGCAAGAGGUUCCGUGCCUCAAUUGGCGAGUUCCUGCAAAAGGCCGAGGCCGAGAUCGCCGGGGUGCAGGCUCAGGAGGGCCGCGCCCUCGCCCUCGUCAGGGAGACGACCGAAUUCUUCCAUGGCGACUCGGCCAAAGAGGAAGGCCACCCGCUGAGGAUCUUCAUGGUGGUGCGCGACUUCCUCACAGCCCUCGAUCACGUCUGCAAGGACGUUGUGAAGAUGAACGAGCGGGCGGCGGCCGGUGGGUCAUCGCGGCGGGUGGGGAACAUGCACGUUCCUGCGGUGUUUAACUCGGUGCGGUCCACCAGUUCGUCGGAGGAGAGCUCGUCGCCCUAGCCGUUGGGAUGCAGCGCUGAUUGUCUGAGCAGGAAUCUGCAUCUUGCUGUCUAGAAGAACAGUGCAGGCUCAGACGCAGUAGGACCAUAAUUAUACUACAUAUUUUGUACCUGGUGAAGAUAGUUUGUAAAGUAAAUCCUAUGAUUCAGCGUGAUGAACAUCGUCCUGCCAAUGGCCUACCAAAGGUGAAAGUGGCAUUGUACAUGAUUCUGCAUGCUGAGAGCUACUGUUGGAUGAGAGCUUUUGAGCAACUGAUGAUAAAGCUCAGUCUCAUGAUAAAAGGUCGAUAGUGCUAUCUUGUCGCUAGCUCUUGAUAAAAAGCACUGGACAAGUUUAACC